AUGGACAAAGAUAAGCACUUGGAGCGUGUCGAGGAGAUGUUCAAGAGCGAUGAAGCGCUCCUGGACUUGAGCACUGGAUUGAACACCCUCGCGAGGACUGAACCUUCCCCUUCCCAUGAGUCUGUGCCUUCUAUCUCCGCGUCUGUGCCCUCCACCUCCACCGAGUCCGUGACUCUGCUUCCUACUUCGGAAGCGGGCCGUAUGGCAUACCUCGCAAACUUUACCCCCGAGCUCCGGCCUCCUCUGUCUUACGUUCGCAGCCGGGUCAUUGGACGUUCUGUUAAUGAUCAUGAAAAGAAUGAGAUGUCAUUGGUAUCGACUGAGUCAGAGUCCUCGGUUUCCGAGUCUACACCGGCUACUGGACCGGCCACUGCGCUUACUGUGCCUGAUCACACCAAUGCUCCCCGCAUCUUCUCUCAGGAGGCAUCCACUCAGCCUUCAGACGAGUUCAUGCAGGCGGCCUUCACUCCUCUGAUUGGUUUGUCUCGCUUUACCUUUCUCUACAUCCGGGACCCCGAGCUGUCUCGGUCUGUUCAGAAGCGGUUCUUCAAACAUGGCACUUUCUGGAAUCGGCCCUGGAAUUUGUACUACGUGCAUGUCCCCGUGCGCAUCAGUCCUGGACCGGUGCUUUUUGUGCCCACUUUGCAGGCCCAGGCCUUCCUCGACCAGAUCAACACUACUCUGGGCUGCAACCUGUCUCUCACGGGACCGAACCAGGAAGGCAUGGCCAUUUGCCUCGACGACAUCAGUGGCCUCGACCCCGUGUUCUUGGGCCAGAGCAACAGCCGCCGGGACAAGGACAACCUGCGGGCAUUGAUUCACCCGCUUAGCGUGAAUUGGCAGGAUUGGACCGAAAGAUUCGAACCUGACCUCGUCCGAGAAUUCGAGGACAAAGUCAAGUCCGCGGUCGAGGCAUCUAAGGACAAGCCUCGCACCAAAAGUGCCAAGGCCAAAGGCGAGUGGAAGCGCCAGCAGCAUGAGAAGAAGUGGGAGUCGGCUUUGCUCCGCGCUCAGUCCUACUUUGGGGUGCGUCCACCAUUCGCCGAUGGCACUGAUGCCUACCGAGGAGAAGCUCCGCAGGUCAAUGUCCUGCUUGCGAGCAAGUGUCCUCCCCAAGGGGCGCCAGUGUUCAUUAGCGUCGAUGUCGAGUUGAACGAGCUCAACCCGCACCAGCUGACUGAGGUUGGCAUUUCGGUCCUAGACACCCUGGACAUCAAGAAUCUCUCGCCGGGCGACCACGGCACCAACUGGGUGCGCGAAAUCCGCUCACACCACCUGCGCGUGACCGAGCACCGCCACAUCGUCAACCACCGCUUCUGCUCGAGCUGCCCUGACAAGUUUGGGUUUGGAGAGACCGAGUUGGUGAACCUGGCAAAUGUGGGCCGGACCGUGGACCGAUUCUUCACGGCUCCGUUCCUUCGCUCCAACAUCGUUAUCAAUGACGAGGGCCAAGUCGGUCACAAGUCCAACCGGACCGUCAUUCUGGUCGGACAUGCUCUCAAGCAGGAUGUGUCCAAUCUUCGCGCCACUGGCAGCCAGGUAUUUGUCAACCUGGGCACGCCGACCUCGCAGGUCAAGGAGCAGUUCGACACCGCCGAGCUGUACCGCAGCCUGUACAGGGAGCCGCACGGCCGCUCUCUGGGCUACAUCCUGGGAGGAUUGAACAUCCUCUCAGCCAGCCUCCACAACGCGGGCAACGAUGCUCGCUACACGCUGGAGGCUCUGGUUCGGAUCUUGCUCGAGGCGGCCGGCGAGCGUCCCGGUGCUUGCGAGAAGGCUUGA